CGCCAAAUAGUACUCUUUAAUCCUAUUGUGGAUUAAAUCCGCUGAAGAGAUUUUAUUCUGCAAAAAGCAGUCAACACUGUUUGUGGGUUAGGUUUAGUGGCUUAAUUAGCCCCCGUGGCCAAUAUCAAAAGUUGACAGCCAGGCACAAAACUAAUCCGCUUUGCUACGUGCCAACGAAUCGCAGAGUUUGAACCACCAAUUCCCAUUUGCUCUACACUAUCCACACAGCCUGGUGGGGAAUAUGGCGUCAUUUGUGUGAUUUUGAUUUAAUCGCGGUGGCGAUUCCAAAUCAGUAGCUGCCACAACGCGAACUGGACGGACGCGACCAGUAAAUUACAUAUCCGUAGUAAUGUCCACGACGUCGGAAUCCGCCAGAGCGGGCCUGGGCAAUGCCGCCAGCAUGGCGAAUCUGGCCAAGAUUGUCAAUCUCAUCGAAUCGAAUGUGAAGAGCGAGGAGGUGGAGGUGCUUGAGGAUGCGGUCAGGGGAUCAACCGGAACCGGAACCGGAAGUGGCAGCAGCGUCCGCUUGGCCAGCAGCAGUGCACCGCGCCGGAGUGCCUGUGCCACAUCGUAUGUGCCCAAGUCACCGCAGCUGGAGGAGAUUGUGUUCGCAGAGCCCACGUGUACCGAGCGAUUUGCCCGAUACUUUGUGAUCGUGAUCUAUUUGUGCGGGCUCUGCAGCCUGGGCUUCUUCCUGUCCAUCUACCACAUCUUCUUCUGGGACUCACGUAUGCCACCCGUUUACAAGGGCCAGAAGAAGGGACCUGCCUUCGGCUAGGGCAGCCUGGUUACACAUCCACUUCAUUCAUCGAAAUAUUUCCCAACUUAGUGAAAUUUAAUUUCAUUUUUGAUAAAAUUGUGAUACCCGAGAAAAUAGCCAUUCGCCUCCUAAACUCAUCGGAAGUGACCGCGGAGCAGUUCUACAAGCACAUCCUCGAGCAGUACCGCAUCCUCAGCCACAUGCAGCAGCAGCGC